AGGCGUAGCACUCACACAUCAGGAAUUUUAGCGAGGUACACCGCUGUUGCUGUCUCUUUGAACGCAUCCUAGCCCCAGCUGGCCUGAAGCACGUUUGCGCGGUUGUGAUCAUCGCGGGGGCCGUCCAAACAGCACUCUCAUCGACCGGAAAAAAGAUAAAAAGCGCAGCCGUAGAAUGAGCGUGCGCGACAAGAUCGCCGGUUUCGGGGGCCCCGCCAGCACGGGCAUCGGCGGCGGCGGCGGCGGCGGAAGGCCCAACGGGGGCUUCGGCUCAACCGCCCGGAUUGGAACGAACGUCCCCACGUCCAGCUCCAACGCUCGGGCCUCGCCCGCUUCCUCGUUCUCCCUAGGCGGCGACCCCGACUCCGUCAGCAAGCUCAAAGUCCCCGACGUCUUCAGGAACGCCACGAAACCGGCCGACAAUCCCGUUGCAGCGACUAUAGAAGUCGCCCCUUCCGCUGCGCCCAAGAAAUGGAGGACCCCGUCCGGGAGUGUGAAACCGGGCGUUUCGAACGGGGGAGGGUUGGAGGCGAGCAGUUCUGGGUCGGCGCCGGCGGGUGCGCCGGGAUGGAAGGCUCGCAACGGUGAUGCUGCCACGGAUACCACCGCAAAGCGCCCCGUUUCGGACGCCGCGAAGAAACCGCGCGACGUUUUAGGUCUUUCCUCGGCCGGGUCGGCGCCUUCCUUGGUACGACCCCCUCCCGCCGCCGUUGAGAACAGGCCGACUGCAACAGGCAGCAGCGGCGGUAGUGGCGGGGGGGUCAGGUCAGAAUCUGGACGAGCAUCUCCUCCAAGCCGAUCGGCGAAGCCGAAAGCAGGACCGAGAAAAUUGAACCUGACGCGCAUCUCGGCGGAAAAACAACGCGCUGCGCUCUGUCUCGACAAGAACUUGGAAGAGGAGGGUGGCAGCGGUACCAGCAACGGCAGGGUAUCGCCACGCGAAGCAACCACCGACGUCGCGUCCAAGCCCACCUACGGAGGGGGGAGUAGCACCACCACCACCACCAGCAGCGGAGGGCGACCGGCUCCUGCUGCUAUUAGCUCGAACACGACGAGGCCGGCGCCCGCUUCCCGCCCAGCGGCCGCUUCCCGCCCAGCGGCCGCUUCCCGCCCAGUGGCAUCGGGGAGAACGGUCGGCGGCGGAGCGGCUAGGGGCGGGGGGAACGGGAUCCCGUCCGCCGGCUCGCUUCGGUCUUCCGGGCAUAACCUCUGGUAGAAGAGAAGAAUAUAAUGUCGUGCCGUUUCUUGGUGUGCUGUUGUUGCAAACCAUGUUCUUGGCUCCUCUCGUCGUCGUGUUUGACCGUGGUGGUGUCUAUUGAUCUUGAUGCGUGAGGCGAUCGGCGGCGCUACUGCUGAGGUCGUCCGUUCGCUAUACAUAAGGCGGUUCUGGUGCAUGAGGUUUGUCAACUGCUGUGUGUCGAGGUAGAUGAUGUGCGCCUGGCGUCGGUUUUUUAUUGUUGGGGGUAGCUGUGAGUUUUGCGCGCCCCGAAGGACGUGAGUGCCGCUUCCGCUGUGCGUGUGCGAGGGCGCCACUGUCUGGUGUGUAAUGGCCGACGAGUCGAGAUUUUCCGGCGUUCCUUGUAUUUCACCAGUACUUUUUUGUUCUUGUGAGUUUAUUGUUGAUGUCCCGUCUUUCCUAGUGAUCCGAGGUAUUGUUGACCGUAACGGGAAUGCUGGCAUGCGAGGUUGUGUGGUUUGGACUUUGUACAGCUGACUAGCCUGCUGUUGUCGUGCGAACCGCGGGCUUGUUGUCAGUCCAUGGCUACCCGCGCCGGAUAGUGUUUAUCGUGGAGCCUGUGUGAUGUUUGCACCUGGGGUUCACGUUUUGGGCGGAGCGCAGCAGACCCCGCCGGCGUCUCUGAUUGGCUCCGGUGGCACUGCUGUGUGUUUGUUGAGAUUUUUAUAUCUCAUAGGCGCAUAUUUGCGUCGGGAAAAGGACGCGGGGUUUAAGUGUAACUGUCACUGGACCUUGUUUGGCGGUGAUUGUAUGCAGCUCACCCAUUGCCUUCCGCCGGAGUCUCGUUUGGCUUCUUUCUUCGUUGAUACAAGCUCGGGCUUUGGUGGGGCCAACGAGAUGGUUCGUCUGCGAGUGGGUUGAUUGGCUGUUCUGAUGAACAACCACCAUGCGAUGAACGACGUAUUUGUACCGAAAGUCCAAUUUUACUGACAUCCGCGGGUGGGUGUGAGUGUCAUUUACCGUUCGUUCGUUUAACCUCAGCACGAGGCACUUGGAACUGUCAGUUUGGGAGAAAAAUACGGGCGAAAAAAUGGUGUGCUGCUCAUUGGCUUGACCAGACAAACAAGAGGAUAGUUUUUGCUCGGAGGGUACGGCUGCGGAUGAUACUACUUGUGGCUGAUGACAGUUGUCAGGCGACAACGGUAAUGCGUUGUCCUUUUGGCCAAUAAGCCAGGUGAAUUAUAUGGCAGCUUGUCUUGAUGAGGCUGAUGGGGCUACUUUGUUUCCAUAGACUUGGACUAGUAACCCCAGGAAAGCGCGCUGUGCGCACCGAGAAGUUGCGGAGGUUCUACUCAAUAUUUUUUUGUAUCAUAAUAUAGUUGAAGCGAGCACUUGGCAAGUGCGUUGUUGCGGAUUUCUUUUUUUGCAAGAUCCUUGCAUUUGUCCAAUGCCCAACGGACUGAGGGAGGGGGGAGAUUAGAUGCUGGUGGUAGAGCUUCCUUCUUGCGUUCGGUUAGCUGAUGGCGUGCUUGUCUCUCCGUACGCAUUUAUCUCAAGGCUCUCCCGUAUUAGGAGGUUGGUUCAAGUCUCUUUAUGGUGGCGACAAUGUGGAGUUAGCUGAGCCGUGCCCACAAGCAGCGGUCGUUACGAGAGGCGCUCUAAUACUUUUAGAUAUGUAGUUGACGACCCGGAAGACCAAGAAUUUUGUGGACCGGAUUUCAUUCCGAAUUUCAAUCGAUUAUGAUAUGUACGACGCAGA